CUAAGUCCUCCAGAUGAAGCUAUCAACAGAGCCUGCUGAGAGGGAAAAAUAAACCAAUCACACUCACUUCCUAUGCACACACACACACACACACACACACACAUACAGAGACACUUUGACAAACUCGGACUGGAUCUAGACGCUCUUACAACAGAGACACUGCAGCUCUUCUUAUUUUGAGCAGAACUCAGAGGAGUAAACACAUAAUGAAAAAUCACUUAGUCUUGCCUGGCUGUUUGCUGCUGCUUUGGACGCUGACAGCCUUUGUCAGUUCUCAAAAAGAAGCCCAGAAAACAGAGGUGACAGUGACAGUGACAACAGUAUCAGAUGGGAUUAAGUUGUCUUGUGGAGACAAAUUUGUAGUAAAAGAUAAAGAUAAUGAAGAAUUGGGAGGAGGGCAUUUGCUCUACAGCGAUGACAAUUCAGGGGAGUACGCUUGCUCCAAGAAACCAGAGAAACAAGGAGACACCGAGCCAUCAUCUGAUGAAUUACCAAAAAUCUAUGUGAAAUUUCGGAGCUGUGACAACUGCAUAGAGCUGGACCUGACCUCCUUGAUGGGCAUAGUAAUAGGAGAUGUGGUGGCUACGAUUGGGAUAGGAGUGGGUAUCUAUCUCAUCGCGGGUCAUGCUCAGACCGGUCCAGUCCAGUCCACUUCUCACAAGAAAAGUUCUGAUAGACAGCAUCUCGUUCCAGUGGAAGCAGGCAGAUCCCGGGAUGACCAUUACCAGCGUCUGAGACACAAAGGUCAGAAAGACACAUAUGAUGUAAUCAAAAACAAAAAACCCUGAAACAAGAGGAGGAAUGCUUUUUGCUGUGUAGCUUGGCGACGGGUGUUUUUCAGCCUUAGUGUAAUUUGCUCUGUAUGAUACUGCUUUGGAUCUUUUGUCACUUAUUUUCAAUACACCUGUAAGAUGAAGCUGUGACUUCACCACUUACAUAGUGAGUAACUUGUUAACAUGUUGCUGUAUGUCAUAGUUCAGUAUCAGUUAGCUUUAUUUUGGUAGCAAUGUGAUCGACAAAUGUGGCAUUUUCAUUGAAUACCCUUUUUCCUCUUUAUACACAUAAUGGCUUAAAAAUGUUUAUUAUAAAAGUGUUGACAUUACUGUGC